AUGUUUGUGUCAAUACUACUAAUAUGUGAGGUAUCUAAUCCUUUAGAAUUGUGGAACAAACAAUGGAGGUUGCUUUCAGAUGAUAUUGUAUGGCGGCAAAUUCGAAUAUUGGAGGACAAUGACCUGCAACUUUCAGAGGAGGAGAUAAAGAAUCUGACAUUAUAUGAAAUUGAGAGAAUACUGGAUCGAGAUAAUAAGUCACUCAAACACUUCAAACUACCAUCACCUAACCUAGAAUUUCGAGCCAAUUUGGAAAAUAGAUUGAUCAGAGAUGAGAUGAGUUACGUUUUCACUUCACUUGCUAACGAGUCAUCAAACAUGUACAAUUUUUUGAAUCUACAACAGAAAGAGAUUUUUGAUAUAGUGGUAAAUGCAGUUCAAACGGAAAGUGGUGGAAUAUUUUUCGUAUAUGGCAGUGGUGGAACUGGAAAGACAUUUUUGUGGACAGCCAUAUUGGUGAAACUCCGGUCACAAAAGAGAAUUGUAUUGGCAGUUGCUUCAUCUGGAAUCGCGUCAUUACUAUUACCGGGAGGCAGAACAACGCAUUCACGGUUUAAAAUUCCCCUUACACCAGAUGAAACUUCAAGUUGUAAUAUAGCUAAAAAUAAGGAUUUGGGAAAAUUAAUCCAAAGGGAAGAAUUAAUCAUAUGGGAUGAAGCACCAAUGAUGCACAGAAACGCACUAGAAGUUGUUGACAAGACAUUGAAGUUCUUAAUGGAUGAUUCAGAUAAAAUAUUUGGAGGGAAAACUGUAUUACUUGGUGGAGAUUUUAGAAAGGUUUUACCCGUAAUUCGUGGAGGAACAAGAGAAGAUAUCGUCAGUGCUUCAAUAAACAGGUCGCGACUGUGGAGUCAUUGCCGAGUGUUCAAAUUAACAAUCAAUAUGUGUAUAAGGAACAAAGAUGCUAAUACAGUUGAGCUUCAAAAGAUAAAAUAA